AUGGAGCUAGCAAAGAAAAGGAAGGCUACGAUGCUCGACAAAUCGGGGAUGUUGGUCGUCAUUGAAGUGUGGAAGGACAAUAUUCUGUCCCUUCGGAGCACUUCCAAGAACUCCCACAUCUACAAGCAAAUGUGUGAGGAGCUGAAAGGCCACGGCGUUAUACUUACGGCGGUCGAAUUGAAAAACCGGAUCAAUAAUCUCUCUCGGAAGUACAGAUUCGAAAGAAACGCCAUGGGGCCCUCGGGAGGAUCACCUUCUUCUUGGGAUUAUUUUGAUAUUCUACACAGCUUUCUCCAUACUUAUAAACAAAACAGCGUACAACCCGGAGAACGACACAUUCGCUCAAUCUAUGUUUAUGUCACCUUCUGCGCCGACAUCAUCAGUAUCAUCGCCAUCACCAACACUGCCAUCAUCAAGCCGCAGGAAAAAUUGUUGGAAUUGGCUAUAAAGGAAAACGAAAAUAUGGUUACUUUUAUGGAGCAUUCCAAGACUACAGAUCUUCAAAUAAUCGAGCUCAUGAAAGAAAAUAACGCGUUGAUGAGCAAGCUGGUCGAUAAAAUUUGAAUUGUGUACUUGGAAAUUUGAACCAAAUAAAACAUGUUCAAAAAAUCAAAUGAAUACAGAAAUUGAUAAAAAGUUUGCGGUGGUGGGUACCACCCACUGUUUAUACAGUGAAUAUAGAGGGAGAUAAUGGGACAGUUUC